AUGCUUACCUUAAAUCACACUGGUGUUAGUCACACUGUCUUCCACUUGUUGGGCAUCCCUGGCCUAGAAGACCAGCAUGUGUGGGUUUCCAUCCCCUUCUUCAUUUCCUACAUCAUCACUCUGCUUGGGAACAGCCUGCUCAUCUUCACCAUCCUCACAAAGCGCAGCCUCCACGAGCCCAUGUACCUCUUCCUCUGCAUGCUGGCUGGGGCAGACGUUGUCCUUUCUACAUCCACAGUUCCUCAGGCCCUGGCCAUCUUCUGGUUCCAUGCUGGGGAGAUCUCCCUGGAUCGUUGCAUCACUCAGUUCUUUAUGAUCCACUGCACUUUCUUGUUUGAGUCUGGGAUCCUGCUGGUGAUGGCAUUUGACCGCUACAUUGCCAUUUGCUACCCUCUGAGGUACACCACUAUCCUUACAUACACACGGAUUGGGAAAAUUGGUGUGACCACUUUUCUCAAAAGUUUUUGUACUGUUUUUCCUAUAAUAUUUCUUUUGAAACGAUUGACUUUCUGCCACAAUAAUAUUAUUCCACACACCUUUUGUGUACACAUUGGCUUGGCCAAAUAUGCUUGUAAUGACAUUCGAGUCAACAUCUGGUAUGGGGUUUUUGUCCUCCUGUCUAUCUUAGUCUUAGACGUUGUGCCAAUUUUUAUUUCGUAUGUGUUGAUUCUCCGUGCUAUCUUCAGCAUGCCUUCCCAAGAUGCUCGCCGUAAAGCUCUCAACACAUGUGGCUCCCAUGUCUGCAUCAUCAUCCUAUUUUAUGGUCCUGGAAUCUUCACAACCCUUACUCAACGGUUUGGGCGCCACAUUCCACCUCAUAUCCACAUCUUGCUGGCUAAUGUCAACAUUCUGAUUCCACCUAUGCUGAAUCCCAUCAUUUAUGGGAUCAAAACCAAGCAAAUCCGGGAGCGGGUAGCUCAUGUAUUUUUCCCAAAGCAUAAAUAA